CCCUCUCUCCCUUCCCCCCCUCCUCCCCAUUCAGUCCCUUCCCUCCCCUCUGAAUCCAUGACUAGUUCGAUACCUUAACCCAAUGGACAUCCUCCGUCAUUAUAACCAUAACCAUAAACACAAACAUCGACAUCGACAUUGACAUUGACAUUGACAAUCUAGAAUCAGCAACAUCGCGAGACUUUCCAAGGCUCCUCCUGACGAUGGGCUCGAAUUACAUUCCCUCAUCAUCGCCAUCACACACGGAAUGAGACAAACAGUGCCAACUCGUAACUGCUUUUUUCUCCUGCCUAAUGUGACAAGUAGCUGCAAACGCACGCGGGCCUGGAAUUGCACAUGUUUCACAAAUAAACUUUCAGUACGGGGUACUGUACACGCCGGUGGAUCAAAACUCUACGAUAGCCCUCUCAGGUCGAUCUGGUCUCUGCCCCUCGGCCCCCCCUCCCCCUCGCCCUCCUCCUCGGAUAUUGUUUUGUCUGGUGCACCACCACCUAGCAACUCCACAUCAAGUUUAGCGAGACAAAAGUCGGAGCCGGCAAAAACUCAAAAUUUGCUGAGGCGCAAGUAUACUAGGCUAGGCCGUUGCAUCCAUCCAUCCUGUCGGCAAUCUUUCAAUAUACUUCUGAAACAGGACAAUACCCCAGGGACUGCUGCCCCUUGCUGGCUGGUUACCCGGAAGUCUCUGACUCGAGGCUGUAGACAAGAGGGUCUAGGGACCCACGAGGAAGGGGGGGGGGGAGGGUCCAACGGAUGUCUGAUCUGUCCAUCGGGCAACAGAAUGGCACCUGGUCUAGCUCCUCCACGUCCAGUAGUGUGCUGGCUUGAUAUGACGCUAUGCGCACGCUACCAAAGGGGGCCUCUGCCAGUCGGUCAAGUAGACAAAUCGGGCUUAGAGGAGGGUCUGUGAAAAGUAAUUUGUGAUGAUAAGGAGGAGGAGGAGGCGGAGUCUGGGAGUUCAUGGAAUACUGAGAAUAAGACACAUUUGAUAACGAGGUCGACCCUGGCCUUUGGCUCAACCCACCCCCCGAAACAAAUCGUCCGGGUUUGGCUGACUAUUCUAUCUUCAGAGCCGAGGCUGGAU